GAUGGUCGCGAGUACCCGUGUACAGAAGCUCCUUAGACGGUAUAAACUCGCAAUCGCAGCCGGUUUAACGAUCUUGCUGAUCCAAGGACUGGUGGUAUGGAGCCUGCGGAGUCUGGAGGAGGGAGAGGCUGAGCGGAAACACAGGCGGUCAAAGUUGCCCGACCACAAUGGACAGGAGCAGAAGAUAGACCCUGUGGCCUUUGAGAGGCAAAACGCCCUGUCAGGGGCGAACCACGGCCAGUCGAGGCAGCGCCAGGACCAGCCCGCCGUCACCACCAUCAUCAAAAGGGGGUCUAGAUGGAGAAACAAGCCCUCUUUGAAGGACAAGAGUCUGGGCGGACCAGAAGAUGGAGUGGCCGCCCAUUAUGAUCCCUCGAGCAGCCGUAACUUCAGCGAGACGCGGGCAGGGGAAAUGGCCAAAAUCCAUCUAGCAGCACCAGGAGAGCCGGGCAGCGUUGAGGGUGCUCCUCAAGUCCCGAGCAGUGACUUUGUGCCCAAAUGUGAGAUCUCGGGCAAGGAUGCCCUGUCUGCCCUCCACCGUGCGGGUUCACGGCAGUGCAGACAGGAGAUCGCCAACAUCGUGUGCCAGCACCAAGCGGGACAGCUCAUGCCUCAGUCUCUGCCUCAGUUUUGCCCACAGCAUGUGAUCUCCAGUGCGGUCCAGCAUGCAGGUUUCACUGAUACUGACCUCUCCAAGGUGGAAAACCCAGUCAGGGUGGUCUUCAUGCUGGUGGUUCAUGGACGAGCAGUCCUACAGUUGAAACGUCUCCUCAAAGCCAUCUAUCACAAAGACCACUUUUAUUACAUCCAUGUGGACAAGCGUUCAAACUACAUGCACCGGGAGGUGCUGCAGAUGGCGGAGCUCUACCCCAACGUGAGAGCUACACCCUGGCGCAUGGUCACCAUCUGGGGCGGUGCCAGUCUGCUGAAGGCCUACCUGCACAGCAUGCAUGACCUGCUGUCCAUGCUGGACUGGAAAUGGGACUUCUUCAUCAACCUCAGUGCCACCGACUUCCCCACCAGGACCAACGAUGAGCUUGUGACUUUUCUCUCCCAGAACCGUGACAAGAACUUCCUGAAGUCGCACGGCAGAGAGAACGCAAGGUUCAUUAAGAAGCAGGGUUUGGACCGCCUGUUCCACGAAUGUGACAACCACAUGUGGCGUCUGGGCGAGCGCACCAUCCCCGAGAGGCUGGAGGUGUCAGGAGGCUCGGACUGGUUCUCUCUCACGCGCAAGUUUGUGGAGUAUGUGGUAAACUCACAGGACGAGCUGGUGACGGGGCUCAAGCAGUUUUACACCUACGCUCUUCUGCCUGCUGAGUCUUUCUUUCACACAGUGCUGGGAAACAGCCACAUGUGCGAUACUUUGGUCGACAAUAAUCUGCGUGUGACCAACUGGAACCGGAAAUUGGGCUGCAAGUGCCAGUAUAAGCACAUUGUGGACUGGUGCGGCUGUUCACCAAAUGACUUCAAACCCUCAGACCUCAUCAGAAUACAGCAACUAACCCGGCCCACGUUCUUCGCCCGUAAGUUUGAGUCCACAGUGAACCAGGAGUCUAUUGAGAUUCUGGACAAUCAUCUGUAUGGGCAGUACCCUCCAGGCACAGUGGCACUGAAAGCGUACUGGGAGAGCCUAUUCGAGCAGGCUGAUGGGGUCUCGUCCCUCAAUGAUGUGGCCCUCACGGCAUACUCCUCCUUCUUUAGACUGGGCCUCCGUAAGCAGGAGACCACUCAAAGCAGUUCUGAGGCCUGCAGGUUUGAACCUAUUGGCUACCCCGUCUCUGUGCACCUGUAUUUUUAUGAUGACCGUUUCCAGGGUUACCUGGUCAGGCAGGAGGUGCAGAAUGUAGUGACCAGGUCCCGUGAGAUGCUGGAGGUGUGGGCUGUUCCUCAAGCAACUCUGCAGCUGGAACACAACCUUCAUGAGUUUGAGCGCCUCAAACACCUUGAGGUCGGAACCGAGUGGGACCCAAAGGAGCGAAUCUUCCGUAACUUCGGUGGUGUGAUGGGACCUCUAGACGAGCCGGUGGCAGUUCAGAAGUGGGCUCGUGGACCCAACCUGACAGCCACCAUAGUGUGGAUUGACCCAGCACACAUAGUAGCAGUCUCCUAUGACAUCAGCAUAGAUGUUGAGGCAGAGUUUACGCAAUACAGGCCACCGCUUCAGCGCCCCCUCAGGCCUGGAGUGUGGACGGUGCGUGUGCUGCGGUUGUGGGAGCGUGUAGCAGAAGCUCGGUUUCUGGUCAUGCCUCUGGCCUUCAAGGGGCGUGAGCCCCUGCGAACAGAAGACCAUGGUUGGGUACACGCAGGUCCACCAGGUAACAUGUAUUUGGAUCAAAGCUUCCAGCAGCUCACCCACGUGUUGAAGCUGCCGCCCAGUGAGCCCGCCCUGCAGGAGGCGCAGAAGAAGACCUCCCUGGUGGGGAAGCCGCUGGAGGCCUGGGUGGACAGCUCUGUCAGGGCUUUCUGGGUCACGGGAGACAUUUGCUCUGAGCAGACCUCCUCCUGUCCCACCAUAGGACUCUGCACAAAGACCUCUUGGAGUUCCUUGUCCCCUGACCCCAAAUCAGAACUGGGGCCAGUCAAAAAAGACGGUCGCAUUAGGUAGCCUUGCAAGCUCGAACAAAUGGAGCAGAGUGCCGAAGGCCCUGAAGAACUGUCCACAAGAGUGAAGAUUACGAGUCGUGGUCUUUCAGACCAUCCCAUUACUAGUCAAGGCACCUUCUGUUGAGGGCGGGAACUGGUUGAGGGUGAAUCUACGAGAGAAAAAAACGUUUAAAUUUGCACAAGAAGACUGCCAGAAGUGGACAUGUGUGAGUCUUGCUUUUAUAAAUCAAUGUUUAGAUGUCAUCUAAAUACGUUGUUACAAGGUUCGGAGUCUUAUUAGCACAUAGUUUAUGGUGUGGGUUUGUGAUACAAAGACCCAAAUCUCAACGAUUUUACACUUUUAUUCUUUGUUACGAGAAAAAAUCUGCACAUUAUUUUCCUCUGUAAGACAGUGGUCAAAAUUGGUAUUUGAAGCUGUUGGAGGCAAGUGGCUGGAGUCCUCUGGCUGUAUCGCAAUGCUUAUUUUGAAGCAUUAAUAUCAAAACUUCGGAAUCAGAUUGAAGAAGUGCACUUUACUGUAAGAAAGAGCUCCCGCCUGAUUGGCUGAGUCAGCAGAGGAGGCGGAGCUUGUAGAAUCGUCAUUAAUUUCUGCCAAUGGAUUGAUAUGUUCUCUCACUUUACGUGAUUCAGCUGCUCGGAGACGCAGCACUGCAUGGACUCAUCGUAUACAGCAACAAAACAAACACUAAUGAAAUCCCGUCCGUCACGAAACAAGAGUCUGAGUUUUGUAAUACUGUGACUUUGUCGUCGUUGAAUGUCCUUUAUAUUUAACCCAGCAUUUUUUAGAGUGCAUCCAUGUUGAGUUUAUGCACAUAUCACCCGUUUCCAUUGAGGAUUGCAAAAUUUGCAUUGAAAAACAAGCCAAAUUUGAACAUGCAAAAAUGCAAGAUUUCAGAGUUAUGAUGGAGAGGGCGAUUUUCAGUCAGUAACUUAGUUCAACCAAAAAUGAAAACUCUGUCAUCAUUUACUCGCCCUCAUGAUGUUCCAAAGCUUCAAGACUUAAUACAUUAUACAUUUUUAAUGAAACCUGAAAUAUUUUUGUUAAUCCACUUACAUUCAACCAAAAUCAAACCACUUCCGCAUUGAUCUCCGAUACACGUUUAAGGGAGAAUUGCACUCCGUAAUGCACUCUUACUGAUUUCUUUCAGCUGUGGUAUACAAGAAAUUCACACUUUAGCACCAUCUUGAAAAAUAAACCAAGCCCUAUAGCAAAAUCAGCUAUGUAACGAACAAAACGUGCAUACAUUGUUUUUUUGCACACACAAAACAAAUAAAAUUGGGAUUAUACCACUGCAGUCACUGCAGGGAUUGCUUUUAUGAUGCCUUUAAUUAACUUUUUUGAAGCUUGAACGUGUUGGUUGAAUGGAAUUUCAAUGGAGGUUUGAUGAAAAAUAUCUUCAUUUUUGUUUCGAAGAUGAAUUAAAGUCAUACAAGUGUGGAAUAACAUCAGUGAAUAUUCUAAUUCUGGGUGAGCUUCAGUUUGUUUCCCACACAAAGCUAUCGUUAAAAUAGUGUGCGUGAGUCAUAUAGACUUGAGCUAUUUUUGUGCUUUUUAGAGCCUGAGAGCUUCGGCAGCUUUUACGUUCUGCUUCUUUUUGUGUUCCACUGAAGAAAGUCAUUCAGGUUUUGGCACAUGAUAACAGAAUUUACUUCUUUUUUUUUUUUUUUUUUUUUUGUGAGUUGUCCCUUUAAAUUCAGAAUACAGUUCAGAUUGGAAAUGAUCAGUAUCCGUUUUAAUGUGUCAUAGCUGGUUGUUACUGUUUUUAACCACCCACGUUUGUCCAUUUAUGUGUGCUGUUUUGCUUUCUCGCCUUUCAAUGAAGACACUAGGAAACAUAAGUUCAAACAAAUGUGUCUUGUUCGACAUGCUGCUUUUAUUUGGCAAAUACAAUGCUUCUUUUACGGUAGAUUUUAAGUGUCAUGUGUUUCAAAGGGGUUGUUUCAGGUUUUGAUUUACUGAGCAGAAAACUCUGUUCUUUUGUGUUUUAGGUUUAAAGUGUCCUUUUUCUCUUCAUGUAUGUGCUUCGGUGAAGCUUUUGUGGUAUCAGAAGAAACAAGUGUAAUUAGGAUGUAAAGAAUGGAUGGAUGAAUGAAUGAAUGCUAUUUUUGUAUUUAAAGUCAUAUUUUAACCUGUUGGUGAGAACUUGAGAAUGCUGCUUCAGCUUUUGUUUUAUGUUCAUCGUCAGUCUCACCGGGUCUCUGUGGGGUGUGAACACCAGUCUUAACCUGAAAGUUCGAGACACAUUGAACCCGAGCCUUUUUAGGGCCGAUGGGUAGCAACAGAUGACACAUGAUG